AUGCGCUAUCGUGCCACUCAGCUGCUUCUACUCGCUGCAACAGCUUUACUCGCCUCCGCGCAAGAUGCAAACCCACAAUUGCAGAGCGCCCCCCUUCAACUUCAAGCGACAGCACACAGGACCACUCUGACGAAAAGCAGGAUUGUCGACGAUUGCGUCAAAAUCAUGAAGGAAUCCCUUCAAAAAUGCUCCGAGGAAAAUUGGGACUGCAAGUGCUCCGGCGCUGCAAAUAUCGCCAACCCAGAUUAUCUCGCUGCCCAGUCGUCGAGCGCAUCGGAUUGUGCCACUGCCAACGCCUACGAUAAAGGAAAUACAUUGGUCCCGGAUACGUGGAAGACGAUGAACUUCAAGAAUGACGCUCAUGCACCCACCGCACCCAGCCCCGACACGCCGGCCCGCGCAACCUCGACUGGGGGCCCCACCAAGUCCCUGAAUAGUCUCAAGGAAUCGGCCAAGCCGUCGAAGGGGUCUGCGGCUGUGAAGACUACGGGGAGUUGGCUCGCUUUGGUGGCAUUGGGUCUCGGUGCGAUCUUUUGA